AUGUCGAACGUCGACCGGCUCAUGGAGAGCGUCGGAGAAUUCGGGCCCUUCCAGAAGAAGAUCGGCACCGUCGGCUCUCUUCCACUGGCCCUCUUUGCCUUCGUGCUGGUGUCCGUUGUUUUCUUGGGCCACACUCCGGAUCACUGGUGCCGGACUCCGGAGUCCGAGCGGCUCCGGGAGCGCUGCGGCUGGACGGAGGCCGAGGUGCGGGAGGCCACCGUGCCUCGAGCCACAGGGUCGGCCUCCUUCAGCCGCUGCGAGAGGCUCCAGCUGGACCGGGUGGAGUGUGACCAGCCGAUUUCCAACACGACCCGGUCGGUGGCGUGCGACGGCGGGUGGGUGUUCGACGGCAGCCGCACGACAACUGUCACCGAGUUUUCCUUGGUUUGUGAGCGAUCCUGGCUCGCUGAUCUGAAUCAGGUUUCCCUGGCUGUUGGAUUCUUUAUCAGCGCCUUCAUCACCGGCUAUCUUUCUGACAGGUUUGGGAGGAAGUCAUGUUUCAUUGCGACGAUGCUCGGCGUGGGUCUCUUGGGGAUCGGAGCCAUGCUGUCGCCAUCGUACCCGGUGCUGCUCCUUUUCCGGUUUUUACAAGGAUUUUGUGGAAAGGGAGCGAUGUCAACCGCAUUUAUCCUCGUUCUGGAGUUCUUUGGAUCCAGAAACAGGAAAUUUGUGUCCAUGAUGAAUCGGACUUUCUACUCCGCGGGGAUGGUCAUCCUGCCCAUGCUGGCCUACGCCGUGUCCUCCUGGAGGACUCUGCAGCUGGUCAUGAGUCUUCCCUGCAUCCUGUUUGUCUCAUACUACUGGCUCAUUCCUGAAUCACCGCGCUGGCUGUUUUCCCGGAACAGAACGGCGGAGGCCAUGAAAGUCACCGCGGAAAUUGCAAAAUGCAACGGGACGUCUCUACCACAAAAUCUUCCAGAGAUAACGCUACUGGGGGAAAACAAAGAAGCACCCCCGGUCUCCACCAUGGAUUUGUUCACGGCGCCAACUAUAAGAAAAAACACAUUAAUAUUAAUCUAUGCCUGGUUUACAAGCACAGUUGUGUUUCAAGGCCUUGUCCUGCGGCUAGGAAUCGUAGGAGGUAAUCUCUUCUUGGAUUUCCUAAUCUCUGCUGUGGUGGAGCUUCCCACCGGACUCAUCUUCUAUCUGCUGGUCGACAGAGUGGGGCGCCGCUCCCUCAUGGCCAUCGCUAACUUAACGGGAGGCGUCGCCUGCCUCGCAGUGCCAUUUGUGCCUGCUGAAUAUUCCUUCUUGAAAAAGUUGACGGCGAUCAUAGGCAGACUUGCGAUCGUCAUCGGAAUAGAGACGCUGAACUUCGCGAACGCGGAGAUGUAUCCAACACCUCUGAGAAACGUGGGUGUGUCAGUGUGUUCAUCAGCCAGUGACUUCGGAGCGAUCGUGGCCCCGUUUCUACUCUACAGACUGGCAACAAUCUGGAAGGAGCUGCCACUUCUUCUCUACGGUGUCAUGUCGGUGCUGUACAGCGGUCUGGUCAUGAUGCUACCUGAGAUGAGAGGAGUCGCCCUGCCGGCCACCAUGGAGGACGUGGAAAAUCUAGAGAGGAGGACGGAAGAAAGUGUCUUCAGUACAGAACCUCUGAGGAGCGGGAGCUGAAGUACUUUCCCUGGAUGCCCUGUGUUUACAUUCCACACGGUGUCCCACUGCCAUCGCUGCACUCAAGGACUGUACAGUG